ACCAAACCGCCUGCGGCCGAGAGCUGCGGGCCGGGUCCCUGCUACUUUGUGGAGCCCGCCAUCACCAGGAACGGGAAGUACGUGGCUCCGGGCGCCCACCUUUGCGGACGACCCACGACGGAGACCACCGUCACCCCCGGACCCAGUGACUACCGCACCGAGGCAGCCAACAGGCACGUCUUCAAGUGCCCACCGGUGCAGUCCAUGGCCUUCCGGCGGGAGCCCCUGCGGACAGACCGCCCUCCAGGUCCGGGCACCUACACACUGCCCAGGCUGAUGGGCCCCAGUACAGCCUGCACGUCGGCCAGCCCCUGCUACUCCAUGAGGGGAAGGAGCCAGCGCGGCCGCUUUGACGAAGACCUUGCCAAGAUUCCGGGUCCUGCGGCGUUGCCCAAAGUAGCUGUAGAUGCCUACAAGACCAGGGCGCCUGCAUACACCAUGGCGGCCCGACCAAAACCUGCAGAGGGCAAAGCAGUGAAGCCCGGGCCGGCAGACUACAGUAUAGGCCGGGUGACACUUAUCAAGCCCCAGGCGCCUGCAUCCACUUUUGGAAUCUGGCAUUCCCUCUACACAACUCCUCUGAUUGUGGAAUAAAACAGCCAAGUCUGGAAGGCCGCCUUUGCUUUCCUGGGACAGGAAGGGACAGGAAGACACCAAUCAACUGCCGGUUUCCACUUGAUUCCAUUUCCAUCUAUGGACUUGGGCUUUUGCCCAUCUUACUCUUGAACGUUAGCAAGUGGAGUAAGUCAUCAAUAAAAUCAACUCAACACCUA